UGUCCUGUAAUCUGCUUCUUCUUAUUUGAGUAUCACUCAGCUGCCGGUGAAUAUUAUUUCGAGUAAUUAUGAAUAGCAUUACAGGGCGCAGUGACAUUGCACAACAAUGUUCAAUCGUUUACUUACAGCUAGUGAAAAUUAGCCUACUCAGCAACUCCGUUUACCUGUAAGCGGUGUACAAAGCCGAAGUCUAUGAGACGGCGUCCGCGCGCCGCACUGACAGCGACACGAGCGAAGGCAGCGGGAGCAGCGGUACGUCCGCUAAACCUAAAGCGCUUGUUCUGGCUGAUGCUGGGUGCUGUGAUGGUGGAGGACGGGACGGUCAUGAGGGGACGGGUAACAGUGUACUCGGUGCCAGGCUGUCCACACUGCAUACAGGCCAAAGCUACUCUGAGUACAUUAGGUGUCCCUGUGUGUGAUGUGGAUGUGAACAAGCACAGAGAAUUAAGAGCACGAUUGAAGGAGCUCACAGGUCACAGUACUGUACCGCAGAUAUUCUUCAAUAACCUCUAUGUGGGAAACAACGAGGACCUCCAGAACCUGGAUCCUGAGCGACUGGAACAUCUGGUCCUGUCAGUAAGAGAGGAACCUGUGCCACUGGAUGCUCCGCCUGUACCUGGGGAAAAUAGCCUUGACUCUGAUGGUGAGAUUGAUGGAGCAGCCUGCGAGCUCUCGGAGGCACUGAGGAAUCUGACGCUGAAACUCUACUCUGAUCAUCUUUCUGAAGAUGGCAAGACAGUUGAUUACAAGGCCAUGUCCCGGAGCCUGUGCUUCGAGCGGUACUGUGAUCUAGCUGUCCAGCUUCAGCGUGUGGAGCUGCUGUCUCUGAGUCGUGAAGAGAAACUGGCUUUCUUUAUCAACAUCUACAACUCCCUCGUCAUCCACGGGAACCUGCGUCUGGGCUUUCCCAAAAACAUAUGGCAAAGGUAUCGGUUCUUCAACUAUGUGAGCUACUUCAUUGGUGGUGAGGUGUUCACACUGCAGGAUAUUGAAAAUGGAGUGCUUAGAGGCAAUCGAAAAGGUGUGGCACAACUCAUGAAGCCCUUUUCCAGGAACGACCCUCGGCUGCAGGUGGCACUUCCUGAUGUUGAGCCUCUCAUUCAUUUUGCACUGAACUGUGGUGCAAAGGGCUGCCCUCCAAUUAAGACAUACACACCACAGGACAUUGAUAGUCAGUUGCGUGCUGCAGCAGAAGCAUUCCUGGAGAAUGAUGACAGCUGUGUGAUUGACAGCGUGGGACGAGAAGUGAAACUCAGCCAGAUCUUUAAGUGGUACAAGGCAGAUUUUGGAGGCACUGAUGAAAAGCUGCUGAACUGGGUGUUUGAUCAUAUGGGAGCAUCACAGAAGAAGAGGACUCUACAGGCUCUGCUGUCAGAAGGAAAGGUCAAAAUGAGCUAUAUGCCCUAUGACUGGUCUAUAAACAGCACAGACUGAACUAAACCACAUUCUCACGCACAUGAUCACUCAAUCACUGACUCAUUGCGGGUUCUGUGUUUCUGUUGAACACGUACAGCAGAGACGAGUGAUUCAAAACAGAACUGUACCCUAAACUAUGCAUUUCGAACCCUUUACCUUGUUCUUCCACCUCCCAAAGGGCAAUGUGAUACUGUAGCCUAAUAUUUCUAACAAAAUUUUAUACCUAUAAUUGUAUUGCAGUGUUUUGCACUGAUUAUUAUGCAGUUGCAUGUUUUAUUCUCAUGCAAGGAUGUCUUUAAUUUAUCUGCAUUAUUAUGUGUAUUGUAUUUGUCAAUUUUUGUUU